UUUAUCUGUCAGGCAUGUGGGCCAAGUUGUGAAGGCGGGAAGGAGGAAAGUUUGAGGAAGACGAGAGAAGUGGGGAGACCUGCGUUCCCUGGCGCCUAAAAAUGAUGGAGGUGGUGAAGAAAUGCGACAUUUGUCAAGAGCAACAGCACGCUCUCCAGUGUAAGGACUGUGGGAAAGAUGACUCUGACAUUAUACUGCUAUGUGAGAGCUGUCACCAUGCCAUCCACAGGGGAAGAUUCUCUUCACACAAGGUUGAUAAUGCACCUGGACAGGAAAUUCGUGACUUCAGUUCCAGCCUAGACAGCUUCAAGAGUAAGUCAAGUGAGCUGAGGAGAAGACUUGAAGAAGUUUGCAACUCAAGGAGGGACCUUCUUAAGUAUACCCAGAUACACGAGUCCCACAUCAAGGAGGUGGCCACCAAGUUGCAGCAGAAGAUCAAGUCCCAGGCAGAACAGCUGCUGUCCCAGGUGCAGCAGGUGUCAGCAGAGAAGAACGAGCAGCUAUCAGAGUGUGAGGAGAUGUGCAGGGACGUGAUGACGCAACAUCAGGCUCUGUGUGAAGAAGCUGAUGGAAUUCUUGGAAACCCUGACGACAGCCUUCAGGACAAGACACAGAAAGUAGCAGAGUUCCAGGGGAAGCUGGAAUUGCCCUCACUCAAAGAGUUUGAGACAAAGUUCCCAGACGUGCGUAUCCAGCUUGUUUGUGAUGUCAGCUCUGUUCUGAUUGCCAUCAGUGAAUGGCAGCUCACAGUCACACCUGCGCCAUCAGACAACAUAGAGACGGAAGUGCGAAGCACUCUCCAAGUGACGAGAGGAGGAGAGCUGUCAGUCUGGGUGGAGAGCAGGAUGUCUGCCAAGGGUGUUUUCUACGUUAGACAGGACCUCGAUGUACCCACCAGAGAGACACUGUCAGCGAUGUCUCUUCAUAUUAGGAGAGCCGGUGUGCUGGGGGCUCUAGGAGAGUGGACAGGUGGUGAGGGUUCACUGUGUGCUGUCAGACAUCCGGGGGACAUGGGCUGGUACCGGGGACUCGUGGAAGAACUCAGGAAGGACAAAGCGGCUGUACGCCUACUUGACUAUGGUACUGUGGAGACUGUCCCUUUAACCAACCUGGCAGAGCUGCCAGCAAACCUGCCAACACUACCAUUUCAGGCUGUAGCAUGCACAUUCUUCAAGGACGAGACAGAAGAGAUUCCCAGAGAGGCCAGAUGGCUGUUCUCAGACCUGGCAGCACACAAGAAGGUCACAUGUACUUUUGAAAGAGAGAUGAAGUCAGACACUCCGGUUCCCUUGUGGAAGGUGGACCUACAGGAUGUUGAUGGGAGUGUGAACAUAGCUGAGAGAGUCAUCACAGCAGUGAAAGACAAGGAAGCAAAGUCAGAGACAGUGUCAUGUCGGGACAUCAGACUGAAGGAGAAUGCAGAAGACGGAGGAGCACUGACUGUCAUCCGCACCAACGCAGCAGCCAAGGACCCUUCACCAGAACCCUGCAGGAGUGACAGCCCACAGAUGACUACCUUGGAUGUUGAUAGUGAUGUAUUGACUGGAUGUGCUGAUGAGGAAGAUAUAUCCGUCCCUACAACUAUGCCACCACAAGCAGCAAUGGAGACUACUUCAGACUUCACAUCAGAGGGGUACAACAGCCUCACAGAGCAGACCUGUGUGCAGGACACUUUCGAGGCAGGAACAGUCAGUGACAAAGAGGUCAGGACAUGUCCUGAGGGGAAUGAUGAAAUGGUACCGUCAGUACCUGUACCCCCACUGGAAGAGGAGAUACAUGUAUCACAGGGAGCAGACACAGUUGAGUCCUGGGUUCCCAACAAGCCAGCAUCAGGCACAGGUGUGUUCACAGGGACUGUGCCAAGGAUCUUGGCGAGGGGAGAGCCUUAUUUCCCUCCUCAACCCACAUCAGAGAGUGGGAAGGGCACAGCGUUAGAGUCUGUACCAGAUACGGGAUCAAGCAGUCAAGGGAAGGGUGCGGACGCAAGACCUGCCAUUCCAGAUGCUUCCAGGCAGUACCAUCACACCUCAAGGGAUGGCAGCGGAUUGGAUAGCUUUAGUGACAUGUCCACAACCGAAAGGAGUCAACGCAUGAAUCCACUCCAUCCUUGGGAGAGAACAUGGCAUGGCCGUCAAGGGGAUGCACAUAUGCAACAAGAGUUCCGCCCGAUCCCUGGUCCCCAGCCCCCACGCUCCAUGUACCCACCCCCGGGAAUACCUGCCCCUCCACACAGGCACUCAGCCAUGAACCGUCCGCAGCACCACUUCACUCCAGUAGGGGGCAUGCCAACACCCGGAGACCCGACUCAAUCCUGGCAAGGCAACAUCUAUUCAUAUUUAGAAGGGAUUGUAUCAUCGUGUGAUGAACAACUUCAGCCAUACCCAGGAAUGGAUGAACACAAUGGCACUGUGAUUCCACAGACUACACUCGCUGCACCCAUGUCUGGGUUCCAGGAUUUUGGUUAUAAUAAAAGCAGGGAGGGUUUUAUUCCAAUAGAUGAAUCUAUCAUGUCAAAACUGACCUCCUACCAUGGCCCUCAAAAGACUUCUGAUGCCUGGUCAAGUGUUUCCAAUGGAAACAGUCCCCCUGACAAGUUCAGCACCAAGGACAGGCCCAUGGCACUCGCUUCUGCAGCUAAUGUUGAAGUUAUACUGAGCAGUGCUGACAGUGCCAUGGAGUUAGCAAUGCCAGUUGACAAGGAGUCCUGUUCGGUGACAACGGAUAAACUGUACUCAGAUGGUACUGGUGAUGUAAAACAGGAAACUGAUCUGCCAGCUUCUGUAUCUUCCGUUGAGAGUAAACAGGAGGAAGCUGAUCAGACAAGUCAUUCUGGUUGUAUCUUGACAAAAGAGGAAACGUGUCCAACAGAAAGCACAGUUCCUCCAUCAUCAGAUGCUGUACCGACAACAUCAUUGUCUGCAGUGGAUGUCGGCUGUAUCAAGGAAAGACCUGGGAGCAGCCAAGCUAUUGGAGGUAACUCUCUAAGAGAGGAGACCACAGAAGUUCAGCCUGAAGAGUUUUCUGCAUUUGGUAACUCCAUUUUGGAAACAGGUAACCAGCCUGGAAUUGCAUUAGCGGACAAUCAACACACAGAAGGGCUGUCCCCGUCAGCUAUGUUGUCAGAUGCAGCGAACAUGUCGGCGAUACCUGACUGUACUUCAGCAGCAGCCAUGUCCAUGUCGUAUGGAAGUCCAGCCACAGAAGUUAUCGCAGCUUCUUCAGCUGAAGAAAUAGACCCACAACCUCAGCCAUCCUUACCAAAUGGAAGGUCACAGCAUGGUCAUCAGAACAUCCCAGAACAAGCUGCUGCUUUGGUGUCAUCAACAGAGGAUGUUGUAAUUGAAGGAGAGGUCCUAUCUGACGAGUUUUCCCCAGCCUCGGAUGGAUAUGACUCCCCUCUUCCAGUCAACCCAGUACUGGCUGAAGGAAGUGAAGCCGAAGAGUGCAGUCCUUCUGUGGACUGUGGCAGCACUGAUGUCACAGACACAAAACUCCAGCCUACUGGUAUAAUGGCAGAAACAACCUCAGUAGAUCAUACAUAUGCAGCUUUGCAGCAUAUUGCAGAAACUGCAGACAAGACUGCAGAAACUUCCUCAGAAGGGAGUGCUGCCAAACUUCAGGACUGUUCCACAGCUACAUGCAGUGGUGGAAACUCAGGAGAGGAAACAAACCCCGGCUUGUGCAAAUCAUCAGGAGCCAACUGUACCAGUGACAUCCCCAGUGCCAUAGAUGAACAGAAAGAGAACUCAGGAAGGUUAGCUAUGGUUUUCCCUGAGAUGCAAGUGACUGAAGAUGGUGCAGGGAUAGGAACUUCCAGUCAUCCUAGUCAGCACAAGGACGGUCCACUUGACAGGCCCUCAUGUAUGGGGACAUCGGGAUGUUCCGAACCCACUGCUGACCUGAUGGUGGAAGAUACAGACAAACCAGCAGUAGUACCAAAUGAGUCUCUGAAGGAAGGCUUUGUGACAGGUGUAAAUAUGAAGGCAUGUGUGGCCCAUCCUAUGGAGUCAGAUGGUUCGUUCUGGAUACAGAACAGCCCUGCAGAAGACAAGAACUAUAAACUCAUGAUGGAUGAAAUGAGAGCUGAAGCUCCCCUCAUGGAGGCAGUGAUGGAAGAAGCCAGCUGCAGCCUGGGGCUGCCGGUGUGUGCAGUGUCUGCCCAGGAGAACAUGUGGUACAGGGGGAGGAUUGAGAAGAAAUUCAGCAAAACAGCCCUAGUGCGGUUUGUAGAUCUAGGCAAAGCUGAAGAGAUUGCUUACGUAGACGUCAAGCCUCUGCCUACCAAGUACCAGCACAUGGACUUCCAGGUACAGAGGAGUUGGCUUGCAGGAGUGAACACCGUUCUGAGUGAGAAACAGGUGGAACUGUUCAACAAACUCACAGCCAAUAAGAGAACACUCUGGACACAGGUGACCUGUGUUCUCCCAUCUGGAGAAUGUACAGUACGUUUGUGGGACGAGUCAAGUGAUGUUGAGCUCAGCAUCAAC